CAGACUGAACCAGACAGCAAAAUCAAAACUAGGAGCCAAAAGAGGCUAAAAUCCCCGCAGAGCUGCAGAGAAGGUGACAAUUCUCUGUGGAGUCACAACUAUGAGCGCUUCAGAUAACUUCGGGCUUUUAUUUUUAAAUCCAGAAAAAGUACACGCACCGGAAAUGACUGUCCUUAAUCUGGCGAACUUGGAACAAGAUGGCGUCUAGUCGCUCGAGUCCCGUUGUUGUGUUGAGGAAGAGCCUCUGUGUGUCCGGAUAAACCCGUCUGAACGGACUCUGUGCUGAAGGUUUCACCUCUGACUCAUCUCCCGGUAGCCUACAGAGCUACGGGAGUUAGCUUAGCAUGCUAGCUGCCGCCAGAGCGCCGGGGACGGGAGUUAGCUUAGCAUGCUAGCUGCAGCAGCGCCGGUCAGAGCGGCUGUUUGACGGAGAGCAAACAGCGUUUCUGACGGAGUUUGUGGAGGAAAAGUUGGCGUCAUUGUGUGAAAAUGUGUAAAGUCCAGAUGCUGAGAGCGCUGGUGAAGCAGCGACUAACUGCGGCUGCUGAGGAGAUAUUUGGGCUGUUUGAAAGGACGAUAGCAGAGUACGAGGAGGAGCUUCGUCGUUCAAAAGAGGAGAACGAGCGACAGCGGGAGCUGCUGGCCGCUGUUUUCCAGCCUCAGCUUCGGCUGCACAGAGCAGACGUCCAGCAGCUGUCGCUGAGGAAAGAAGAGGUUCCCCCUGAGCAGCAGGACUGGAGCCCCAGUCUGGACCAGGACCCAGAGCCCCCACACAUUAAAGAGGAGCAGGAGGAGCUCUGGACCAGUCAGCAGGGAGAGCAGCUUCGAGGGCUGGAGGAGGCCGAUAUCACCAAGUUCCCAUUCACUCCUGUCCCUGUGAAGAGUGAAGAAGAUGAAGAGAAACCUCAGUCCUCACAGCUUCAUCAAAGCCAAACUGAACAGAUGGAAACAGGAGCUGAUGGAGAGGACUGUGGAGGACCAGGACCAGCCAGGAACUCUGAUCCAGAUACACAUUUACAACCUGAGACUGAUGAGACUGAAGACAGUGAUGACUGGGAGGAGACCAGAGACCCUCAGUCAGGUUUAAACUCUCUGAAAAAUAAUAACGUACCAGCGAGUGGAAUGAAAUGUAAUAAAGGCGGGAAAUCGUUCAGCUGCUCUGACUGUGGCAGAAGAUUUAGUCAAAAGGGAAAUCUGAAACAACACAUGGCACGUCACACAGGGGAGAAAAGAUUCCGUUGCAGUGUUUGUGACAAAAGAUUCACUUGGGAUAUGCAGCUCAGAAGACACAAGUGUGUCGGUCGUCAGGCCUCACAGGAAAACUGA